AUGUCUGGAAGAUUGCAGUCCAAGGCCAUUUUUGCUGGCUACAAGCGAGACCUAAGAAACCAGAGGGAACAUACAGCUCUUCUGAAAAUUGAAGCUUAUGCUCAAGAUAAAACUGAAUUUUAUUGGGGCAAGAGGUGUGCUUAUGUAUACAAGGCAAAAAACAACACAGUGACUCCUGGUGGGAAACCCAACAGACUAAGAGUGAUCUGGGGAAAAGUUACUUGGGCUCAUGGUAAUAGUGGAAUGGUUCAAGCCAAGUUCAGAAGCAAUCUUCCUGCCAAGGCCACUGGACACAGGAUCCGAGUGAUGCUCUAUCCCUCAAAGAUCUAG